AUGGCGAAUCGAAUAGAUCACGAGUACGAUUACCUCUUCAAGAUCGUCCUGAUCGGCGAUUCCGGUGUCGGGAAAUCCAACAUUCUCUCUAGAUUCACCAGAAAUGAGUUCUGCCUCGAAUCCAAAUCCACCAUUGGCGUCGAAUUCGCCACCCGGACUCUACAGGUUGAAGGCAAAACAGUGAAGGCUCAGAUUUGGGAUACGGCUGGUCAAGAGCGUUACCGAGCAAUCACAAGCGCAUACUACAGAGGAGCCGUUGGUGCUCUUCUCGUCUACGACAUAACCAAGAGGCAAACCUUUGACAACGUCCUGAGAUGGCUACGCGAGCUUAGGGACCAUGCCGACUCCAACAUCGUCAUCAUGAUGGCUGGAAACAAAUCGGAUCUAAACCACCUGAGAUCUGUUGCCGACGAAGAUGGUCGCUCUCUCGCUGAGACGGAAGGUUUGUCGUUUCUCGAGACAUCUGCUUUAGAAGCAACCAAUAUCGAGAAAGCGUUUCAGACUAUAUUAUCUGAGAUUUAUCAUAUCAUAAGCAAGAAAGCCUUGGCUGCACAAGAAGCUGCAGGUACUCUUCCUGUUCCUGGCCAAGGUACUGCCAUUAACAUAUCAGAUUCAUCUGCUACUAACAGAAAAGGAUGCUGUUCUUCCUAG